AUGCAACAAACUUCUGGGAGUAUCGCGGAUGGACCAGAAGUGUCAACGAAUAAAAAUAUCCUAAGAGGGGUAAAGGUUGAAACUCAAGAACCGCGAUCGGACGACGAAAACUCCAUCGCAUAUCUCCCCCGGAGAAGGAAACUGCCAAAGUCACCUGACGAAGGACCAAAGAAGAUGAAGGAGAAAUCAAAAGAGAUAUACAGGGAACACUGGUUGACGAACGAGAGAGGAUCACAAACAAGGAACAAGCCGAACUUGGCACCUGCUAACGAAAUCGAUGAUGUGAGAGCUAAGAUCUUGGAUCCUGACAGCGAACACCGAUUAUACAUCCGGAGCCCUAAUGCGUACCCACUUCAAGUAGAAAGGUUAUCAACUUUAAUUGAAAUAAAUAAACGGGUGCAAGAAAGGAAAAGAAGGUGCAAUCCAUUUAUCGUCCACGCCGGAUUCAACGCACCUAAGUUAAAUGAUAUGAACACCAUGUACGAAUCGCAACCGGAUGACACAUACUUACCUACGAGAGAGAAACGAGAAGCCAUCGCGCCAUCAAGAGGGAUAACGAUGAAGGAAGCAAUGGCGAAGGAACAAGACGAUGGAGAUGGGCGAAGGAAAAUUCCAACUGAACGACGCGAUCACAUAUUAAGGAAAGAAGAACGAGAGAAGAAGGGAAAAGGAGCAUUGGAGAAGGUGAAGGUGAAGGCAGAUGAGAGGGAAGAUUACAUUACAGAUGCACUGCUCGAUAAGUCCAACCUCUUUACAUUGGCCCGGCAUGCCGCUUUAAAUGCAUCAAGACCGGAAGACAUCAUCACAUCAAUAGAAGAACCGACGACAACGAGUAUAAUGAAAUCCCAACAGACGACGCGAACAGCACAUACUUACCGCCGAAGCCACAUGAUGAAGACACGGAUCAGAGGGCAACAAAGGAUAUCGACGAUAGUAAAAGGGCAGAAGAGAAAAAAGAUUACAUCAUGGAUGAGCUAG